AUGUACGGUCGCAAUAACCAAGCUAAUCCUACUGGAAGACAAAUAUUGCAGCGUUGUUACGAAAUGAGUUCUCAUUUCAGUCUACCGCAAUGGAUAACCACAGAUAUCGAGAAAUCAAAAGAUGAAUUUCAGUGUCCUAAAUGCAGCAAUAUUUUUAAAUAUAAGUAUAACUUGUUCGCUCACUUGAAAACAGAUUGCGGAAAUAUCAAACCUUUCAAAUGCGAUGUAUGUUUCAAGGACUUCAGCUAUAAACAAAAUCUUAAAAAGCAUAUGGGAACGUUCAUCAGCCAUAAUGGAUCUGAGAAAUUCCGAGGAAGAGGCCCUUUCGAAUGUCCCAACUGUGGUCGAAAAUACAAACAUAAAAGCACUCUGACUGCGCAUUUGAGAAACGAAUGUGGCGCUUCAUCUUCCGCUUUAUCGUGUCCGAACUGUCGUCGAAGUUAUAAAUAUAAGUCAACGUUGAUGAGACACUUGAGACUAGAAUGUGGCAACAAGAAAUUUUUCCGAUGUCAAGAAUGCGACAAAUCAUUCGCCCAAAAGACUCAUUUAAUAUCGCAUAUGGGUUUCAUUCAUCUUCGUAUCAUCAGUUAUAAAGAGGCGGGCUUUAUUAGACACGCGUGCCGUAAUUGUGGACGAAAGUACAAACACAAACAACACUUGACCUUUCACUUGAAAUACGAAUGUGGAGUUAGUAAAAAAUUCAAGUGUAAUUUGUGCGGUAAAGAAUUUGCUCAGAAAAGUGAUGGGGUAACAUUUAGAAUGGAAAAUUUUGCCACUGGUAUGAGAUUCGUUUGCCCAAAUAAUUGUGGAAAAACUUACUCGAGUGAGGCGAGUGUCAAGUACCAUUAUCGUUACGAAUGUGGCAAAGCGAAAGAAUUCGAGUGCUCGAAAUGUGAUGCCAUGUCUAUUUUCAAAAAACUCGCCGUUAUUCCAAACAAUAUGCCAGCUCGAUUGGAAAUCUACCCUUGUCCCAACAACUGCGGCAGAAAAUACAAAUAUAAAUUCAACAUGACCAAGCACUGGAAAUACGAAUGUGGCCGGAAACAAUUCCAGUCGAUGGCAGCAGCGGUCGAGUACAAAGAUGAGAAAAACGAUUCAUUGAGUCGUAAGCUUUUAUCAUCGGAUGAGUUUUAUUAUCCUAGCGCCUUUAGUUUACCUGUAUUCGAUGUCGUUAGUCAGGAUUCAUCUAAUCUUAAUGGAGAUAGUAAAAGAAGAUACCCGUGUGUAUUAUGUCAUCAGACAUUCACUAGAAAAGAUAAUCUUAAAAGGCACGUGGUCAAGUUGCAUAAAAAUUCGUCGACGUGUUGA